UCGAUUAUCAAUCUCCUAAGAAAUACUGGAUUCUCCGAUUCCAUUGUUGAGCGAUUUUUCAGACCAUUUUUCGGCGGGAUUUUCUUCGAUAGGGAACUCGAGACGACCUCCAGAUUGUUCGAUUUUAUCUUCAAGUGUCUCGCUCUCGGCGAUAAUACUCUUCCGGCCAACGGAAUCGGAGAGAUCCCCAAUCAGAUGGCAGCUAAAUUGCCGCCGGAUUCCAUCUUGCUGAACACCAAGGUCGUCUCCAUUCAUCCCGACGAUUCAAAUUCUCAGAUCCUGAAACUAGAAAACGGGCAAGUCUUGAGAGCGGAUCUCGGCGUAAUAAUAGCGGUUGAAGAACCAGAAGCUCGAAAGCUCCUGAAAGGCAGCAAAACUCUCGCCCAGAAAAUGCCCGUGCGAAGCACAGUCUGCUUGUACUUCUCAGCCAGCCGAGACCAAAUCCCGGUGCAGGACCCGGUUCUCUUUCUAAACGGGUCGGGUCAGGGUAUGGUGAACAACAUGUUUUUCUCUACUAAUGUGGCGCCGUCAUAUGCGCCUCCGGGAAAGGCUUUGGUAUCAGUGUCUCUGGUCGGACUUUGGGAGGAGAAGUCGGAGGAGGAGCUAACGGCGGAGGUGGUGAGGGAGCUGUCGGGUUGGUUUGGGGGGGCGGCGGUGGAAUCGUGGGCCCACUUGAGAACUUACAGGAUUGGGUUCGCACAGCCGAACCAGCGUCCCCCAACCGGUUUAAUAGAAAAGCCGGAAAUUAGACCGGGUUUAUUUCUCUGUGGUGACUAUGUGACUUGUGCCACUUUCGACGGAGCUUUGGUUUCCGGCAGGAAAGCUGCGGAAGCAUUGCUUAGAGUGAGAGACGGAGCAGUCAAAUAAACAUAUUUUUGUAAAAAAAAAAAAAAUUAAUUGUUUUUUUGCAUUAAAUAGUAUUAUUUUGAAUUUUUCUUCAGAAACUGAAAUUAUUCACACGAA